GUACCAUGCAGCCGCUACUCUGCGCGCUGACCGGGCUCGCCCUGCUCCGCGCCGGGUCGGGCGAAUGGGGCCAGGGUUCCAGGGACACCCCCGGACGGCGAGCUGCUGAGUCCCCCAGUUCCCCUGGAGAAGAUCUAGCUUGGAGCCCAGGCUGUGACAGACACAUGGCUGUGCAAAGCCGGUUAGACAUUAUGGAAGAGACCGUGGAGAAGACGGUGGAGCACCUGGAGGCGGAAGUGACAAGCCUGCUGGGCCUGCUGGAGGAACUGGCUCCAAACUUACCCCCAGGGCCCUUCAGCCCCAAACCUGACCUGCUUGGAGAUGAUGGCUUCUGACUACCAGGGAUGGUGGAGCUGGCCAGCUGAAGUCAUCCCUCUGAGAACCAAGCCAGCUCUUCCUGCUUUCCUGCCCCGCUUUGGUGUGAAAUAAAAGCUACUAUUUGGACCC